GAAGGAUUAUUAAUAGAUCCAAUUGGAAACCCACGAACAGUGAGAAUAUAUACCCGUGAUACAAAUGCAAAUAAUAUCAUUUUUCAAGAUCAUAUUAAUCCUCAAUCCGUUACUUCCCAGGUUCUCCCUGGAAAUGAGCGAGAAUUGCGAUUUUGUUUUAGGUUGUACAAAAUACAAAAUACUUGCCGACCCAAAUCGGACUGA